UGAUUAACCGCUGAUGCUGAACCACAUAAUCAACAGAAGAAAGAAUAAAGCAAUCUCUGCGAUGUAUCUUGAUGAAUUUCCACACAGAGGUACACAACAAUGUAGGGAGGAUGUUUCUCAUGUCUUUGAUAUACCAAUAUCCGCUGUUUAAUCUGAAAAACAUUCACUAUAUCCAUCUAGCCAAGUUUCGUAUGUAAGUUUCCCCUUAUAGUAAAUGCGAGCGUCGGAAGACCGGAAGUAAGUAUGCACUCGCGUCACCAAAGCUCACCGAUGCCAUCUUGUGCACCGAGCCCAUUGCUAUAGCAAAGCUUAACAACUCCCUGUUGAAAAAAAAACAAACAGCUAAAACCAGCCUAAGCUGAUUGACUGCUUUGAUUGGUCUCCCAAGCUGGUUUUAAAGUGGUUUUUAAGCAGUUUUUUUAGUGAUGGUUUAACAUGUUGAUUUUAGCAGGGCUCUUCUGGAGCAGUUCUGCUCUUUCUCGUCCGUACCACUAUAUAAAUGUGAGAAUGUCGUGGCCAGAGACUCAGAGUUACUGCAGAGAGAGAUUCACUGAUCUGGCUACUGUAGACAGCAUGAGUGAUGUGAACAGGCUGGUGAAUAUAGUGGAUGCUGGAUACAGUGGAUCAGUGUGGAUUGGACUGAAGAGGGGGACACAGAAACGCUGGGGUUGGUCUAAUGGAGAAAACACAACUUCUCAGUACUAUAACUGGGCUUCAGGACAGCCAAAUGAAGAUGGAGAUUGUGUAUCGUCUUAUUCUGGGUCUUGGUAUGAUAUGCCAUGCAACCAUUUACGGUAUUUUACAUGCUAUUCAGGAAAUACUGCAUACCUAAUAAGAUCUGCUAAAACCUGGAGUGAUGCUCAGAGCUUCUGCAGACAGCAUUACACAGACCUGCCCACCAUUCACAACUCUGUGCAAAAUAAUCAGAUAAAUCAGAUUCUUUUAUCUGGAUAUUACAUCUGGAUUGGUCUGUUCCUGCACUCUUGGGAAUGGUCUGAUAAAUGGAUCCUCUUCUUCAGACACUGGGCAGCAGGUCAACCAUCCCAGAGUUCAGGAUCUGGUGACUGUGUGGGCAUGUCAAAAACCAAUUCUGGCAGAUGGGCUCAAUACAGCUGUGAUCUUCAGAGUCCUUUUAUCUGCCAUGGAAGUGAGCCUUUAGUACCAAUGUACCAGUUUAUGAACCAAAGUAUGACAUGGCUUGAUGCUCAGAGGUACUGCAGAGCAAGAUUCACUGAUCUGGCAGCUGUUAUGACCAUGAAUGACGUGAGAAGGCUGGUAACUACAGUGGAUUCUGGAUACAAUGGUUCAGUAUGGAUAGGUCUCCGUGCUGUGGGGGUGGGACGCUGGGUCUGGUCUAUGGGAGACAGCGCAAUCUCCCAGGACAGUAUGUGGAAUCCAGGAGAACCGAGUGGUGAUGGGGAGUGUGUGAGGAGUUUUAAUGGAAGCUGGUAUGAUGAGAGCUGCAGCACUGUUCUCCCAUUUGUGUGUUUCAAUGACAGCACUGGUUUUGUUAUUAAUAACACUGCUAUGACAUGGAGAGAUGCUCAGAGUUACUGCAGACAACAACACACUGAUUUGGCGAGUAUCAGUAGCCCAGAGCAGCAGAAUCUGCUCAGUAAUGAAUCGUCACUCUGGAUCGGUCUGUUUCUGGACUCUUGAGUAUGGUCGAAUGAGUGGAGCUACUUCUUUAGAUACUGGGCAGCAGAUCAACCAUCUCUGAGUUUAGUGUCUAGUAACUGUGCUGGCAUGUCAGCAACUGAUUCUAGGAAAUGGGCUCAAUACAGCUGUGAUCUAAAGCAUCCUUUUAUCUGCUAUGGAGAUGACAAGUUAAUUAAAAAACAGAUUGUCAGAGUGAAACUGUCCUGUAAUGGAAAAUGCAACUUGAAUGAUCCUUCAUUACAGACGACCAUUCUGAAUGAGAUAAUCAAAAAGCUGAAGAGCAUGGGGCUGGAAAGUGACAGAAAAUUAAGCUGGAGAAAGGAGCAAGACGUGUUUCAUCAGGAGAGAAAAUCUAGAGCGAGUUCAAAUACUGUGUGUAAUAGGCAGUAA